AUGAGCGCCACUACAAUGGCCAACUCGUCUUCUGCAAUGCCCGGCGCAUUCGACUUCCACACCGCGCCUGCACCCCCACGACUCUCCGGCGCCAAAUCCCACAUUUUCCAGCCGCCGCGCACGCCCAGUGCAUCCGCUUCCUCUUCGCUGAUCAUGACGCGGAGCACGUCGAGCGUGAUGUCGAUCUCGUCGGUGGGAGACCGACCGACGCGACCUACGCAGCGCAAACGUACGAGAGAGGAGUACUCUGGCUUGGAGACGCCGAGGACGGGUUACAGCGGAGGGGGCGAAGACUGGGAUAAUGUACGAGAAGAAGGAGGAUGUAUGCCGGGGAGCCCGAGGCCAUUUGUCAAUACACGAUAUGCGCUGGCUGGCGGGCUGGAUACACCGAGCGCGGCGCAACAGGCGGCGGAGAUGGCGAGUCAAAAUCAGUAUGCGGAUGCUGGGUACCGGAAGAGCUUGGGGGACUCGAAGCUGCCGUCGUUGAACUCGCGGGGGGAGGUUUGGGGCGAGCAGGAAGGUGGCGGGCUCGAUUACUUUGGACGAGAGGUGAAUGGACGCCCACGAUACGGUCAGAAGCACAGUGACAGUUCGGGUGGUGAGGGUUGGAGCAGAGCCGCUUUCCAGGUUGCAGGCGCUGUUGUAGGCAAGGCGUGGGAGUUUUGCAAGAGCAGCGCGGCUGUGUUUCGAGGAUUCCAAGCCGGUGGAGGAACGAGGUACAACAUCGGAGCGAACGACGUUCUCGAAGCCAUGGAGCCAAGUAUCUGGGAGGAGAAGGAUGGUUGGAUAGAGGGCGAUGGGCAAAAAGAGUCCACGCUGCUUCCUGGCCAGUUCCCGAGAGAGGAGCUGGAGUUCUUCCCGAACUAUAUGGAUGACCCCUCAAUGGAGACUGAACGCACCCCUCCUCGCCCAGCCAAACGCCGACAAAUCAGCGCGAAUCAAGAGAGUGCUGUAAGUGGCAAGGAAGAUCUGGCUAAGAAUUGGAUCAUGGUGCCCGAGACUGUCAACACACCUUCCAGACUCCCAGCACCGUCUCCACAACGGCAGUCGAGAUUCAGCAUGUCAACCACCUCUUCAGCACCCCGCCGCUCCUUAGCAAACACCUCUUAUCUCCGCCCAGCUUCGCGCGCAGGAUUCAGUAACACGACUCACACCGCCCGCCGAUCUGGCCUGCCUACCUUCUUCAACUCCCGCGGUUCCCACGCCGGCUCACCCGCGCUGCGACCCGGCAGCGGCGCAUCCUACGCCUCUCCUCGCUCGCCGGCCCAUUCCAGCAGCAAGAUCCCCCGCGCAACAGGAUCGUGCAGUCCCGUGCGCAACAACUCGGCCACGCCCAUCCUGGAGAGUCCUGCUGCGCGAGAAGCCAAGCGUUGGGCGGCUGUGAAGCAGAGAGAGAAUCGCGAGGCGGAUGAUAGUAUCAGGCGGCUGGAUGCGCAGCUCAAGGCUAUGAUUCGCGAGGGCAAAGAGGCAUUGGGUACGAAGGUCUCGGUAGAGAUGGACGAUAGUGAAGGCGAGGGCCUGGACGGGGGAACGAGCGCUCGUAGACGGGGUGGUGUGAAUCGAGGCGGUGGCUCUGGUGGUGGCAGGUGGGGCGUUUGA